GCUCUUGUGGCUGUACAGUCAAUUGCGAGAGGAGUUUUAUCUGCACUUCUGGAAAGAAAAUGUAUAGUGAGGUCGGUGGAAAGGCCACAAAAGGCGAAAUGCUACUCAAAUAUCAGCAGCACCUGCAGAGACAAAGAGAUGCCAUCACGUACAGAAUGAAGAAAUUGGCAGCUAAACAAGUGGAGUUAACAAAAAAGACGGACACGAUGAAAGAGAAGAUCAGGAAGAAGUAUGAGGACAUGAAGCGAGUGUUAGACGAGGACCUUCGGAUCACACUGACCCAACUGGACACGGAGCACGAGGCAGCAGAGAAGCUGGUGGAGGAGAAGAUAGAAGACUGCUACCACCUCACUCAGGAACUGGAUCAGAAACUGGCAACCAUCAGUGCUGAGGUGAAAACACAGGAAGCUGACAUUCAGUCUAACUAAACUGAAUUUCUAACUGUCUAAAUCAGGAUCUCUGAGACACUUAAACUGACUGACCCUGACCUGAUUCAGGUGGAUGAUUUCAAGAAUGACCAGCUGCUGUGUCUUACCAUCAAUCUGCUGCUGUUCAUCAGAUCCCAAGUCCCUGUCACCAAGAAGCUGUUUCAGAGCUAUGCUUCAGAUGUUGUUCUUGAUGCAGACACUGCACACCCCAAGCUGAUCAUCUCACCCCAGGGUGACUCAGCCACAUACACAGACACAUGGCAGGAGGUCCCAGAGAAUGCCUCCCGCUUUGACAACACCUUAAAUGUUAUCAGUCAGGAGGGCUUCAGUGAGGGCCGCCACUACUGGGAGGUGGAGGUGAGUGGAAAGACCUACUGGGAGCUGGGGCUUACCUACCCGAGCAUCCCGCGCCAGGGCCGCGAAGAGGACUGCUGGCUGGGCCGAGGCAAAGAGUCAUGGUGUGUGGAAUACUUUAAUGGAGAUUACACAGCGUGGCAUGGUGGUGUUCAGCAUGAGUUGCCUGAGCUGGCAGGAAGACAGUUCACUCGAAUCGGGAUUUUCUGCAGCUUCCCAGGGGGUCUGGUGAGCUUUGUAGGAGCUGACACAAUGACGCCCCUCCACUGUUUCUGUGCUGGGACCUUUACUGACACCCUACAUCAGGCAUUGUGUCCUGGUCAUGACAAUGAAGGCACAAACUGGAAUUCCCUUAAAAUUUGUGACGCCAGCCGAUCAGCUCCUGUUCUGUGAGGAGGAGGAGGUGGUUAAGAAUGUUUUGUGCCAGGGGCAUGCGCAUCAGCUGCUUGAUCUAACAUUUUUAACCUGUGACACAGCCUGAGCUCAGAAUACUGUGCAUGUCAGGCUGGUCUAAAUUUGUUUAAAGGAAUUUUUACGGCAUAUCUAUUUUAGAUCUACACAUCAUGUAGUUUAUUUCAAGUCAUUGAGGCUUUCUAUACAUUGAACACACCAGACUUAAGUGGUUGUUUUUAUUUUGUCAAAGUUGAGCCUGUUUUUACUAAUGAGUAAAGCAGAAAAC